CAGGUAUGAUUUCUCAGAAGAAUCCCUUGUUUCCCCCGAAUAUUUUUUUUAUCGUGCUCGCUGUUGUAAAAUAUUGAAUUAUUGAGUCUGUUCUGGAAUAUAUUAUUUAUUUUUCUGGACAAUCAUUUGUUCAAACCGAAGACGCAUAUGUUCAGAGGAUGGGUAACAAAGGAUUUCCAGCGCUUCGUCCGAUCUUCUGCUUCGCUUCCUUUCUUGUAACGCUGCACCUCGUUUAUGGAGACCUGAGUUAUUCUAUUACGGAAGAGAUGAAACGAGGGUCUGUUAUUGGAAAUAUAGCGAAGGAUCUCGGUCUUGAUAUGAAGACCUUAUCUUCCCGAAAGGCCCGUGUUGAUUUUGAGGGAUCUAGUAAGCGGUACUGUGACAUUAAUCUGAGUACCGGGGAUUUGACAGCAAUGGAGAGAAUUGACAGAGAAAGCCUUUGUGGCAAGAAAGCAUCGUGUGUGUUAAAAGUAGAUCUGGUGUUAGAAAUUCCUUUGGAGCUUCAUCGUGUGAGUCUUCAUAUUCAAGAUGCAAAUGACAACUCGCCAAAAUUCAAAAAACAUUUAAUUCAAAUGGAAAUAAGCGAGUCAGCAGACAAGGGUAAUCGUUUCUCAAUCGAGGAGGCCCAUGACGCAGAUAUAGGUCAAAAUGCUGUUCAGAGGUACAACCUACAAAAGAACGACAACUUUAUUCUCGCUGUUGACAGUAACAAGGUUGAACUCGUACUGGAAAAUAAACUUGACCAAGAGAAACAAAAAGAGCUGAAUUUGCUUCUCACAGCUUUGGAUGGUGGGUCUCCUCAGAGAUCAGGUACCGUAGUCAUACACGUCACUGUGCUGGAUGCUAAUGAUAACGCCCCAGUGUUUAGCCAGGCCGUUUAUAAAGCCAGUCUGCCUGAAAACUCUCCUCCUGAUACCAUAGUGAUUAAAGCCAGUGCUACUGACGCUGAUGAAGGAGUGAAUGGAGACGUGACAUAUGACUUCGGUCAUAUAUCUGACGAUGAUGUAAAUGUUUUUUCUAUUGAUCCUAAAACGGGAGAAAUUAAAGUAACUGGUGUGAUUGACUUUGAAGAAGGGAAUUCUUUUGAAAUGAGAGUGCAAGCUAAAGAUGGUUUAGGGCUAACCUCAUACGCAAAAGUUAUAAUCGAUGUUACUGAUAUAAAUGAUAAUGCUCCAGUGAUAUAUCUAAAAUCACUGUCUAACCCCAUACCUGAGAACGUGAAAAUGUUAUAA